AUGUCGAACUUAAGUGAACCAAUUUUAUUCGAGACACCCGUUACUGCAAUCGCAAAGCAAACGGCCGUCAUUAACCUCUUCGGAGGUAGAGGCCCCAUUUGCUUAAACUUUUCUUCAGCCACUCAAAAUACCAUGUUCGACCUUAAGCAGAUGAUUUUCUCUCGCUUAUUCAUUGAUCCUGAGGAUCAGGUUUAUUAUACUUCGUCUGGCAAACAACUAACCGAAGACGAUCGAAUAUUUGAAAGUGAACAUGCCGAGUUUACGACUCUAAAUCUUAAACUUCGAUUGUUUGGAGGAAAAGGUGGUUUCGGGUCGAUGUUAAGGGCGCAAGGUGGAAAAAUGGCUAGCCAAAAAACCACAAACUUCGAGGCCUGUAGAGAUCUAAACGGUAGAAGAUUGAGAACGGUGAACGAAGCCAAAAGACUGGCCGAUCACCUUGAGCAAGAACCGGAUAGAGAACGUGUGCGAAGGGAGAAGGUGCAGAAAAAGAUUGAAGAAGGAUUGGCCGAGCUCCCGACCAAGAGAAUUCGAUUUGACGAUACCGAAUACUUGAAGGCUAACGAGGAAAUGAAGGAGAAAGUGAGCAGUGCAGUGUCUGAAGCAGUAUCGAAAAAAUCCAUUGUCAUCAAUAAUAACGGAGAGAGUAGUGGUUCACAGAAUGUUCUAUCAUUAUGGGACGCCGUUGUUUUAUCUGAGGACGAUUCAAGCUCAACAGAUUCAGACGAUGAGAUCGUUGAGAAAGAGGACAUUAAGGGAAAGGGGAAAGAAGAUGAGACCAAGAAAAGAAAACGUAAGCAACGAGAAUGA